CCCGGAAUUGUUGCGAUGUAAACAAGAAAACCAGAAACAUGAACACGACGGGGAGCUUGUGGUCUUGUUUUCAAGGAACGUGAGUCAACUGUCAAAUAUCAAGAAUAAUGUCUGGGUUUAGCGCCGAGCUGAUCGACUACUUAGAGGGGAGGAUAACUUUUGAGGAGUUUGACAGGAGAAGAGACGAAAGGAAAGCCAAGGAGGCUGAAGUUUCAGCUGGAGAUACUGAGGCAGCACAGCCAUCCACCUCUACUCAAGACCUGCAUCAAAUUGAUGAUGGAGUCAGCCCUGGGGUACAGCAAGCAUUUGCUUCCAUUCUGGGAGAAAGCGUAGAGCCGAUAGAUUCAGAUGACGAAGAGAGCGACAGCAUGACCUAUAUUGAUGACAAGGAUGACGAGGACUUCGCUGUGGACGAGGAAGAAGAAAAGUCGGAGGUGAACGUAAAGGGCAAGAAGGCAAAAAAGAAGAGCAGGCUGGAGAGCAAAUACAAGGAAAGCGAGAACAUGAGUGUGGGAGAUGUGCUGGCACUGGAGAUAGAACUGAACCGCGAAAACAAGAAGAUGAUGAAGGAGCGACGCAACCGCAGCAAGCUGCCCCGGGCACUCCGGGGCCUGAUGGGUGAGGCCAACAUCCGCUAUGCCAGAGGAGAAAAGGACGACGCCAUCGCCAUGUGCAUGGAAAUCAUACGACAAGCUCCUCUGGCCUACGACCCUUUCUCCACGCUGGCCAUGAUCUACGAGGACCAAGGCGACAUGGAAAAAGCACUACAGUUCAGUCUGAUCACCGCCCACCUGAACCCUUCGGACUGCGAGGAGUGGAUUCGAUUAGCUGAGAUAUCUCUGGAGCAGGACAACGUGCGGCAAGCUCUUGUCUGCUACAACAAAGCUGUCAAGUACGCUCCCACCAACGUGCGCUACCUGUGGGACCGCUGUAGUCUCCUCAUGCGUCUUGGUGAGCACAAGCAGUGUAUGGAUGGCUACCGUCGGAUCCUGUCUCUGCUUCCGCUGGAGGAGGGGGAGAACUUCAUGCAGCUGUCUAAGGAUAUGGCCAAGAGUUAUUAUGAAAGUGGUGACUUGCCCUCAGCACUCGGCGUGAUGGAGGAAGCUCUGGCCCGACACCCCAAAUUGGUUAGUGAUGACAUGGUGAACAUGGCCGCUGAGCUCUACAUUACCAACCACCAAUAUGACAAGGCUUUGCAGAUCUUGGUCAAUUUUAUGGGCGUGGUUCUGGUGCAGGAUGAAACUAGCUCACAGUCUGUAGUAGAAGAUGAGAAUGUGUCAGAGAAGACUGAGAAUGAGAAUAAUGAGGAGGCAAAGAGUGGAGCAGAGAAGAGCCAGCCUGAAAUCAAGGAUGUUGAAGUUCCCGACAGCGUCCCGGUGGACCUGAAGGCCAAGCUGAUUGUCUGCCUCAUUCACAUGCGCAUCCAUGAACCCCUGGAGACCCUGGUUUCCUCACUGAUGGAGCAGAGUGCAGAAGAGAUUGGUGACUUGUACCUGGAUGUGGGCGAGGCCUACCUGGAGCUGGGAGACUACCUGUCUGCUUUACCUUUACUGUCUGUGCUGGUCAUAUCUGAGAAGUACAACCUGGCUGUGGUAUGGCUUCGUCACGCAGAGUGUCUCAAGGCUUUGGGUGAGAUGGAAGCAGCGACCAAAAGCUUCACCAAAGUGGUCGAGUUGGCACCGCAGCACCUGGAAGCCCGGCUCUCUCUCGCCACCUUGCAGCAGCAACUUGGCCGUCCGGAUUGCGCCCUCAAAGCCCUGGAGUCCAUGUACGACAACGACACACUGGCACAAGACUCAUCGGCAGCGCAAAAGGAACUAAAGCUCCUUCUGCAUCGGUCCACGCUGCUGAAAACGCAGGGACACAUCCAGCACUAUCUGGACGCCAUGAUCACCAUGAUCUCCAUGCUGCUCAAGGUGGCCAUGCAGCGAGCCAAGGUCUGUGUGCGUUCCAUCAUCAUGUCAGGCGAGAAUCACCUGCGCUUGGUGAGGGUUGAAGACAUGAUGCUGGACAUUGGGGACCCUGAAGCUGCGUAUUUGGACAUCACUUGUAAAACUAAAGUCUUGUCCAAAGAAGACUGGUGGCAACUGCUGCUUAGCUGUGUGCUUACAAUGUGCGACGUGCAGCGCUACGCAGAGGCCGAGAUGAUGGUCGACUCUGCCAUGGAGUUCUAUUCUUUCUACGACAUCAAGAUCAGGCGGAAAGAACUGGAGUUUCUCGGGCUCUCGGCCAGCAUCCUGGAUCGCAACUUCUACAAGGCCUACAACUACAUCAGAUUGAUGCUGAUGGAAAAUGUGGAUCAGCCUCAGCUUUGGAAUAUAUUCAACCAGCUGACAAUAGCCUCCCACCACCAACGUCAUCAUCGCUUUUGUCUGCGUCUACUGUUGAAACAUCCUGACAACCGUGCCCUGUGUGUCCUCUGCGGGCACAACGCCAUGGUGUCAGGCAGCUUCAAACACGCCCUGGGUCAGUAUGUUCAGGCCUUCCAAACUCAGCCCGACAACCCACUUUUCAACCUGUUCGUGGGCCUCACCGUCUUCCACAUGGCAUCACAGAAGUAUGUCGCAAAGAGGCACACGCUUAUGGUGCAGGGUUUCGCUUUCCUGUGGCGUUAUGUGGAUCUGCGUGGGGAGUGUCAGGAGAGCAUGUACAACUUGGGCAGAGCAUUGCAUCAGAUGGGCCUUACACAUUUAGCCAUCCAUUACUACCAAAAGGCUCUUGAACUGCCUGCACAGAAACUAGAGGGUAUUGCUGAGGACCAAGUGGACCUGAGGAGGGAGACUGCCUUCAACCUGUCCCUCAUCUACCAGGCCAGUGGCAACAUUGGGAUGGCCCACCAGCUCAUCACCACAUACUGCAUCAUUUGACACUGGCACAACUAAUACUAAUAUUUUGUGUUAGUAUCAGCGGUUGUGUAUUAUCAUACACACGUGAAGCCAACAAAUGCAGUAAAAUCCUGUUUUCGUAAGGGAAUAAAAAAAUCAGUCACCAAAAUUUUUAUUAAA